AUGCCUGCCGAUAGCUCUUCAGUUUCAGGCCAUGGCCAAACUGUUUGUGUCACCGGAGCUGGAGGCUUCAUUGCUUCCUGGAUUGUCAAACUGUUGCUAGAAAGAGGCUACAUUGUUAGGGGAACCUUGAGAAACCCAGAUGACCCAAAGAAUGCUCAUUUGAGGGAGCUUGAAGUAGCUCAAGAUAGGUUGACUUUACGUAAAGCUGAUCUUCUUGACUUUGAGAGCCUUAAAGAAGCCAUCAACGGCUGUGAUGGCGUUUUUCACACAGCAUCACCGGUUACGGAUGACCCAAACUGGUACUGCUAUGCGAAAACAGUGGCAGAGCAGACAGCUUGGGAAGAGGCCAAGGAGAAAGGGGUGGAUUUGGUGGUGGUGAACCCAGUUUUGGUACUCGGACCACUUCUCCAACCAACCGUCAACGCCAGCAUUAUCCACAUCCUCAAGUACCUCACAGGCUCAGCCAAGACUUAUGCCAAUUCUGUGCAGGCCUAUGUGCAUGUUAGGGACGUGGCUCUGGCCCACAUUAUGGUGUAUGAAACUCCAUCUGCCUCGGGAAGGUACCUUUGUGGAGAGAGUGUGCUUCACCGUGGAGACGUGGUGGAAAUCCUAGCCAAGUUGUUCCCAGAAUACCCAAUUCCCACCAAGUGCUCGGAUGAAGUCAAACCAAGAGUAAAACCAUACAAGUUGACAACCCAGAAGCUACAAGACUUGGGCGUGGAGUUCACUCCAGUGAAACAGUGCCUAUAUGAAACUGUCAAGAGCUUGCAGGAGAAGGGCCACCUUCCUGUGCCUAAACCACAAGAAAAUGCGUUGUCGACAAUCUUUGACAAAACCUUUGGUAAGAUGAACUCGAACUUGACAAAUAUCAUCAACAUAAUACAAUCCCUCUCUCUUAGUAGCACGGCCAAUGAUCUCAUUCGUGAGAAUAUCCUGAAGAAGACAGAAAAACAGGAUUUGUUUGAUGAAGAUGAACAAUCCAAUGAGCUACCACAAGUUACCUCAAAGGGUUCUGGUCAACCUAUGUCAAUUGUCAAUGUUCAUCAUGAUUCUUCCGCUACUCCUACAAUUGUCAAAAAUGGAACAAAUUAUUCAGUAUGGUCCCAACUGCUUGAGCUACAUGUUGCUGGGAAGGGAAAAUAUGGGUAUCUGAUAGGCGCUUCUGUUGCACAGGUAUCUGACAGACAAGAAGACCAGCAGCUAUCUACCAUGAUGGUGCCACCAACCCUAGUGAACACUGGAGUUACUAUGGUAGCAAGGAACUCCAGGCCUGCCUCUUCCUACAAACCUGACAAUUCUACAAUUAAUGGACUUACAAGGCACUCUAUGCCUGCCUCUUCCUACAAACCUGAAGAAGUCAAGGAGUGUAACAAGGCCAAAGCAGCAGCUGAACGAUACACACAAGGCAAGGUCGCACUCUGCAUAGGAUCUCCCAACCCUUAUGUCCCACAAGCUUCCCCUAUGCCAUCUGUCUCUUCCUCCAUUGUUCCUCCAGGUUUUGCCGCUCUCCCUACAGGUGCUUCAAAUCACAUGACAUUUGACCCCACAAAUUUGAAGACUCGUACUACUCCUAGUCUUACUAGUAUGGCGAAUGCGAAUGGCCAAUCCUACCCUGUGACUGGGGAUAUUCGAACCCAGGAAAUAAUUGGGCAUGGUACUAAGAGAUGGGGACUAUAUUAUGUGGAUGAUGUUUGCACGGGGGAGGCUCUUAUUGCUCAUGACUCAGCUGUAGACAAGAAUAAAUAA